AGAAUCUGCUACAAUCUUACACCUCAAACCUUUCAAACUACAGACCAUUCGAGAAACCCACUCAUGGUGAGUUCACCUAUACGUCAGCCGAUACAUCAUGCUAGAAAACUCCAGGAGUGACACCACUCACCUCACUGUAUAUAUAGAUAGAUACACACAGACGCAUGCAAGCUUGUAAAAUUGUAUUCGUGUUUGCUGCAUCAGGAAAGCAAAUCUUGGUUUACAGUUUUACAUACUAUAGAGAAAAAUGGCAGACAAAUUGCCAGAGGAAGAGCAUCCAAAACCGGCCUUUGGAUGGGCUGCAAGAGACCAGUCUGGGGUCCUCUCCCCCUUCAAAUUCUCCAGGAGAGCAACAGGGGAAAAGGACGUGGCAUUCACGGUGUUGUAUUGUGGGAUAUGCCACUCCGAUCUUCACAUGGUCAAGAAUGAAUGGGGCGUUACUCAAUACCCUCUUAUCCCUGGGCAUGAGAUUGUCGGAGUAGUGACAGAGGUGGGGAGCAAAGUAGAAAAAUUCAAGGUCGGAGACAAAGUGGGUGUAGGGUGCAUGGUUGGAUCAUGCCGCUCUUGCGAUAGCUGUGACAACAAUCUUGAGAAUUACUGUUCAAAAAAGAUACUUACUUACGGUGCCAAGUACUAUGACGGAACCGUCACAUAUGGAGGCUACUCAGAUAAUAUGGUUGCUGAUGAACACUUCAUUGUUCGUAUUCCAAAUAACCUACCUCUCGAUGCUGGUGCUCCUCUCUUGUGUGCUGGAAUCACAGUCUAUAGCCCCUUGAGAUAUUUUGGACUUGACAAACCUGGUAUGCAUGUGGGCAUUGUUGGCCUCGGUGGUCUAGGUCAUGUAGCAGUGAAAUUUGCAAGAGCUAUGGGCGUCAAGGUGACGGUGAUUAGUACCUCUCCUAAUAAAAAGCAGGAGGCUCUAGAAAAUCUUGGAGCUGACUCGUUUUUGGUCAGUCGUGACCAAGAUCAGAUGCAGGCUGCAAUGGGAACAUUGGAUGGUAUCAUUGAUACAGUGUCCGCAGUUCACCCUCUGUUGCCUUUAGUUGCUCUAUUGAAGUCUCAUGGAAAGCUAGUUUUGGUCGGUGCUCCGGAGAAGCCUCUUGAACUGCCCGUCUUUCCUUUGAUCACCGGGAGGAAGACAGUGGGAGGUAGUUGCUUUGGAGGAAUCAAGGAGACACAAGAGAUGAUUGAUUUCGCCGCCAAACAUAAUAUAACAGCAGAUAUUGAGGUUAUUCCGAUGGACUACGUGAACACUGCCAUGGAGCGCGUGCUAAAAGCAGAUGUUAGAUACCGAUUUGUCAUCGACGUUGGCAAGACACUGAAGCCUGACGUUUGAAUCAUCGUACCUACUUGGGUAUUCUCUGGAUUUUGUUGUCAGUGUACUCGAACAUGAAGCCGAUUGGAUAUGCCUGCACAAUUGCUGAAAAUUAUAUUUGUCAAAUAAGAUUGUGCAUAAAAAAUAUUUGAAAUAUAAUAAAAAUAAACUUCGGCAUC